UUGUAAAUUUGCACUCGUUUACUUUCGGAACACUUCAAACAACCGUUUUCCCUUUAUGAUCUCGGUAUCUGCCAACAUGUCAUUGAGAGCUGUACCUGUGAACAUUGCCGGUCCAAUCAGAUAAGGAGUAAAAUUUUGAUAUUUCAGUAAAGGGCGGGGUCACUUGAUAAAAAAAAAAUGCGUCAGUUGUAACGUCGCAGUUGCACCAUUUAUGCGAGAAAAUCAGCAGUAUGGCUUCUUCAAAAUUUGUAGGAAGUGAUCCUGUUGAUAUUAAAGUGCAUUACGAAUAUCACGGGACACAAAGAUGUGCUCUGAUAGAUUGCAACUAUGCUGAUUUGUUUGGAAUGGGAUAUACUGAAUUCGAACAUUUCCUGAAAUCGGAGAUACCAUUUUUACAGAGACUUUUCGUACUGAAAAUAAGUUUUCUUGAUGAUGAGAAUACCUACGUGGACCUAACGGAGCGAAAUUACCACAGAUUUUUGAAAUUAGCAACGCACGCGUUCAAAAGUGGAACUCCGAAAAUCAGUGUGAAAGUACAGGAGGGUAGUUCUCCAGCGGUCAAAGGACUGUCGAGUCUAGGAUCUUUUAACACGGAUGGAACUUCUACAUCCAAGCGAUCUCUGAACUUUCCAGAUGACAACGAAUAUAGACUAGAUUGUACUAGUAAAUACAGAAGUCCCAUUGAAUUGGAAAUAGACUUAAAACAACGCGAAGUCAUGUUAAAGAAUAACGAAUUAAGUGAAAUUACGAAACAAUACGAUAAAGUUUGGCAGGAAUACAAUCCCGUUCCUGCUGUUUUCACGGAUAAUUCGAAAGGUUUAUGUACCAGAUGCCAUCUGCGACUCGGACACACGAAAAAUCGUUGUCACAUGGAUGAAUGCAUUUCAUCAUCAGUAUGUGGAUUGAUAGAGCGCCACCCAGCUGAAAAAAAGGAAGUGCAAGAACUGUCAAAAAAGAAACAGAAGAUUGAGGGUGAACUGAAAACACUAAAAUGUGAGCUAAAAAUGAAGGAAAAAAUAUCUGCUGAAGCAACUAGUUCCUUUGAAGCUAAAAUUCAUGACAUAUUAAUCCGUACAAAUCCUGCCAAGUAUCUAACAAACAAUAGAAGGCCAAAAGAAGGAGUUAUUCUAGCAGAUUCAUAUAUUUUAAAACAAUACUAUGGUAGCAAGAACCCUUCAAAGGACGACCUUGAACGAGACAGUGAUAUAUUUCAAACUGUUGUUCGCUCAUACGAAGAGAAAGUGAACAAACGGAGUAACAAACCAAAAAAUAGUGUAGCUAAACAGUUAGAUAUUCAGUUGAAUACAAAUACAUGUUCUGUUGUUGGGGAAAAUUUACAGGGUUCUUCUAUGCUUUACCCAUAUCCCUAUCCAUAUGUCUGGAAUUACGGUCAAAGUUUUGUGCCGAAUUUUGGUUCACCUGGACAGAGUACAUCGCAAAUAUUUGGGUCAAACUUCAGACCGUUUGAUACAGUCCAAGCAUCACCACAAGCACCAGUGGAGACGCCGCCACCACCACCACCACAAGAGGGCUGAUUUUAUUUGUGAUAAUGUACAUGUGACUGAAAACAAAUCUGUUUCUUGUUUGUUUUGUGUUCUUUUUUAAAAGUAUAUAGACUAUUAAUUGUUGCAUAAAAUGCACAGGGUCACUAAAGUUUUGUCUUUUAUCAAACUUAUUAUGUAUCAUGUCAGUUUACCAUUGUUUUACUAGAUCUAGCUAGCUUUAAGAACAAGGAGUUCAUGCAGAUAUGUGACUUAAAUAUAUUUGAAAUAUAUAUAAAAUAUAGACAUUACCCGGCAUUAGAUUUUGAAAAUAUAAGAAUGCACAAGUUCUUUCUUAUUUGUUCAGUUUGUUUUGAUAUUGUAAAUAAACAACAUUGAUUAAACUGUA